UUUGAAGGUGUCAAAUGUCAAAACAGAGCCGCAGUGAGCAGCAGCAACACGGAGGUUUAUCCCAGAAAGGCGACAGACAUGGAGGUGGAGGAGCAGGUGGAGCGGCUGCUGAGCGGUCAGGGGUCAGAGGUCGGCAGCUGUGACGUCGGGCUGGAGCAGAGCAAACCGGCCACGCUGAGGAAGAACGUCACCUACAUCGUCUGCGCCGUCAUCUUCAACGACAAGGAGGAGGUGCUGAUGGUGCAGGAGGCGAAGCAGGACUGUUAUAAGCAGUGGUACCUGCCUGCAGGGAGGGUGGAGGUUGGGGAGAGUCUGGAGGAGGCGCUGAGGAGGGAGGUGAAGGAGGAGGCGGGGUUUGACUGUGAGCCCGUCACCUUGCUGCUGAUCCAGGAGCAGGGACCUCAGUGGAUCCGCUUCGUCUUCCUCGCCAAUGUCACAGGUGGGACUCUGAAGGGUCUGUCCGCAGCAGAUCAGGAGUCUCUUCAGGCGUCCUGGUGGGACAGACAGUCUGCUCUCCCUCUGAGAGGACGAGACAUCCUCCGUCUCAUCGACUGCGGACUCAAGUACCGUCAGGAUCCCUGGCAUCCCGUCACGUUACCCGUGGACCUGAGCUGCCGCCACGUGCUGCAGAGACUCGUCCUGGUCUUCACCAACGCUCAGGAGCAGAUCUGGCUCCUGCUCAUCAAAGUGCCGGCGCUCCACCUCCCGACGGCAGCGGCGGUGAAAACCCACGCAGUGACGUGGGCGGCCAACAUGGUGGUGCAGGAGGCCAUGCCGUCGGCGUACUACGACCAGGACGUUAACACGCUGGGCGUCUUCAGCCUGCAGCACAACGGACGGCAGCACGGGAAGACAGACGGCGUGUGCUUCAACACACUGGUGGCGCUGGUGCCGGACCGCGUGCAGCGCAAUGAGGACGGCGAGAAGGUGGAGUGGACGGGGACGGGGCUGCCUCCGCCCAUAGAGAACCCUCGAUACAUCUGGCACAAAAUCCAGAAACAAACACUGAGAGAGAAACUGCUGGAGAAGACCAAAAACACGUCCAUCCUACCCGUCCACAGCCUGUACUGACCACCCGGCAGACUCUUAUUGUGAAAGGAACUGCUGGCUUUAAGAAGGGAGCUUUUAUUUUGAAAGAAAGUCUAAUUUUAAUGUGAGUUUAAAUGUGGAAAGAGCAAUAAAAUAUGUCUGAUUUUAUAAGAAUUAUAAUAUAUAGUGUGAAAAACGGCCUCAAAUCACUAUUUGGCGGCCCUUAAUUAUGCAUAACUUUAAACCUUGAUAUGAAUUAAACAGGUGAGUUAUAUAAAUAUCCAUCUCCCUCACAGCUGUCACAAAGGGGGAAAUUAUUUGUAGACACCCAACCUGUUCUUUGUUUCAGGCUGUAAACAUGUUUAUUUUUGAUGUAAAGUUGGACACUUUAACAUGGAGCUCUAUGAGGACUGACUCGCUCUUGGAGCCAGCCUCAAGUGGCCAAUCAGUGAACUGCAGCUUGUGGCACUUCCUUCUUGGCUUCACGUUUCAGCCCCAGAGGUCUCUGGGUGAUCGACGGCUGUUGACUAUAGGAGGAUCCCGUCAUGGGAUCGCUCCCUGGUGCUUUUUUCUCGCCUCUUAAUUUGCCUUCAAAGUGCAACAGAUUCAUUCAUUUAACUUUAAAACUAAAUGGGGGCAGUGGUCAGCUCUGCUUCCUCACACAGUCCAAACACAUGCAGCUAAGGUUUAAAUGGUGACUCUACAUUGUCCGUAGAACUGUAUGAGAGCGUGAAUGGUUGUCAGCCCUAUGAUAGUGUGGAGACCUGUCCAGGGUGGGUCAAAUAAACGGUUAAUGAUAAUUAAUGAAUGCACAAAUUGUUAAUGUUAUAACAAUGUUAUUCCAGGGAACAUGUCUCCCACGAUGAUGAUAAAAAAAUCCCUGUAGGCUAGUUUUAUAUAUCACAAUAUGUGUAUACCAGAAAAUUAAUAUCUGCACAUUCAAAAUAAAUGUUAACGAGUGUUAUGUGUUCUUUACAUUUUCUUUGAAGUGUAAAAUAAACAA